UGAUCUCCCUUGUCCUUUCCUUUGAUGAGGGCCAUGCGUAGGUUUGCCACGACGCCACCUCACAGUUUGCUGCCAGCGAAAAGAAGGGCCCCAUCCCAACGCACAUUCGCGAUCCCUUGGUGUCCUGUUCCAAUUGCAUGAUCCGAUCUCUCUUUCUCAAACUUGUCACUCGGAGUUUGAGUGCUGGAAGAAGCGGGGAAAGGAAAAAAAUCAUCAAUUGCUCUCGUCCCACGUCUUCGUCAUCAUAAAUUAUACCUCCUAUCCUGGAUCUCGCCGCGAGAUGGCUUCGGUAGAAGAGGCGACGAGGCGUUUGGAGGAUGGAGCCCGGGGCAAGGAGGCGCCGGUGCUCCCCCCGCGGCGGACGGGCCACGGUAUGUCGUCCUCGUCACUGCUUCGAAGGAGGUCGGAUCGGUCGGUGCUGUCCAAAGUGAGAAGCGAGCCCCUCAGGCGGCUGCUGGCCAACCUCCAGGAGGUAUUCCUCGGGACCAAGCUCUCCCCCCUCUUCCCCGCCGUGCCCCUCGCCAUCGCCGCCCAAUGCUUCGAUUUCGGCCGAGCUUGGGUUUUUGCGUUGAGUAUGGUGGGCCUCGCUCCUCUUGCCGAACGGUUGAGCUUUCUAAGCGAGCAAAUCUCGUAUUACGCUGGUCCAACGGUUGGUGGGCUCCUGAACGCGACCUGUGGGAACGCACCCGAGCUCAUAAUCGCACUGCUGGCCCUCCAAAAUGACAAGAUGGAGGUCCUCAAGUGGUCCCUUGUCGGUUCCAUCCUCUCCAACCUCCUCCUCGUCCUCGGCUCCUCCCUCUUCUGCGGCGGAAUCGCCAACUACACCAAGGAACGCCCUUUCGACCGGAAGCAAAGCGACGUGAACUUGAGCCUUCUGCUGCUGGGCGCGCUGUGCUACAUCUUCGCGCUGGUUCUUCGACAGUCCGCGAGCGUUGGAGAGGGCGAUGCGGGGGAAGGAGCGGCGCUGAGCCUUUCAAGAUCGUGCAGCACUGUGAUGCUCGUUGCCUACUUCGGAUGCCUCUUCUUCCAGUUGAAGACCCAUCGCCAGCUCUUUGAACCGCCGGAGGAUGAAGCUGAUAGCGAUGAUGACACUGUUUCAGAUACACCAGUGAUUGGUUUUGCUAGCGCAUUUGCUUGGUUAGUAGGGAUGACUGCUGCGGUUGCAGUUUUGUCAGAUUCUGUUGUUACUACCAUUGAGGCAGCAUCGGAGUCAUGGGGAAUGUCUGUAAGCUUCAUUAGUGUUAUCUUGCUGCCCGUUGUUGGAAAUGCGGCAGAACAUGCAGCUGCAAUCAUCUUUGCUUUCAAGAACAAGAUUGAUAUCACUCUGGGCAUCACUCUUGGUUCAUCAACUCAAAUAUCCAUGUUUGUGGUUCCAUUAAGUGUAAUAGCGGCAUGGAUAAAGGGUAUCCACAUGGAUCUUGAUUUUGAGCUCUUGGAGACAGGAUCACUAGUUAUGUCAAUCCUUAUAACUGCCUUCACCCUUCAGGAUGGCACUUGGCACUAUAUGAAGGGAUUUGUUCUCCUACUUUGCUACGUUGUUAUUGGUGCAUCAUUUUUCAUCCUUGGACCCUCUCUAGGGAAAGACCCAUGUGGAAUUGCUGCUGCCAACUACCAGCCACGAGCGUGGUACCAUGUAUCUUUUUAGAUGAAUUGUAUGUAAAUCCCUAUUAUAUGUGCCAUCCUUUUUUUUUUUGCCCCCAUUAAUUGUAUAGAUGGGAUGUUUGGUUCACGAGAUAUCGGAAUGAAAAAUAAUAUUGGUUAAAAUUAAA